CUGCUGUCUCACUGCCAUAAGCACGAGCUCAGGUACUCCACUACAAGGACUAAACAAAGAACCGAGCGAACAAACAGCAUGUAUUUUUAGUCAAAACACUGUGCCUUUCUUGUCUCCCGAUGCUAGUGUUUUAAUUUCGUCACAUAUUUAUUUUAACAUUCAUCGAUUGUAUCGGAGUUGUUGUGUCAGUUGAACCUGUCCCGAUAGGUGUUGAAGGAACGCACAGAGAAAACUCUCCUCCAAACGCUACCUGCGGAUAAACGAGGGGGGCAAACGCGUCUAGAUAAGGGUCCUUGGCUGUCAGUGGGAUGAUAGUGAGGGGGAGUGGAGUCUGGAUUGAAGGAGCAUGGUGAAGCACCAACCCUUACAGGUCUAUGAGAGACAGAUGUGUUUGUCAUGUCUGACUGGGAUAUAUGGCUGCCGCUGGAAACGCUACCAGCGGUCACAUGAUGACACCACCAAGUGGGAGUGUUUGUGGUCAUUCAUUCUCUUCUGCACUUUUUCCUUGUUACUGGUGUGGUUUUACUUCUGGUGGGAGGCCCACAAUGACUACAGCGAGUUUAACUGGUUUUUAUAUAACCGUUCAGAGUGGAGCGAUGGAACCAUUCCUAUAUUGGCAACCACAGCUGCAGGCUUCACCUACAUAGCAUUUUUAAUGAUUUUAGCCCUGUGCCAUGUCGCUGUUGGACAGCAGUUAAACCUACACUGGCUCCACAAGAUUGGUGUGACCGUUGCUUUGCUCACUACAAUAAUUGGUGUGAUAUCUGUCUCUCAGAUGUGGGGAGAGGAAUGGGACAUUUUAUGGAUUUCUUUGCAGGCUACAGGCCCGUUCCUGCACAUCGGAGCUUUAGCUGCGGUUAGUGCUCUGGCCUGGCUGAUGGCUGGGCAGGUGGCACGAGUGGAGAAAACCAGGUUCCAGGUGAUGGUACUCCUCAUCUAUCUGAGUGUUCUCCUCACACUUUACUUCAUUCCACUGUCAAUCACCUCCCCAUGCAUCAUGGAGCGUGGGAGUCUCAAAGCGGCCCCCUCCAUCAUUGGCCAUCAAGGAGCUCCAAUGCUGGCUCCAGAAAACACACUCCUGUCCUUCCACAGAGCUCUGCAGAGGAAUGUAAGUGGGUUGGAGGCGGAUGUGGCCAUCAGUCUAGAUGGUGUGCCCUUCCUCAUGAGAGACCGAACGUUGAGAAGAACCACAGAUGUGAGGAAAGUGUUUCCAGAGAGACAGUAUGACGAUGCCUCACUCUUCAACUGGACCGAUUUGCGCUCGCUGAAUGCUGGGCAAUGGUUUCUGAAGGAUGAUCCAUUCUGGACUGUGCAGUACAUGUCAGUGUCAGAGCGCUGGUUGGUGGGGAACCAGACAGUGUGCAGCCUGGAACAGAUGCUGAAACUAGCGGCUCGGUCCAAAUGCUCGGCUGUGUUCAGACUUCGCAGGCCGCCAGCCGGUCACCCGUACCACCUCGACUGGGUCAACCUCACCCUGAACACUGUUCUGAAGUCUGGCAUUCCACAGCAGCAGGUGAUGUGGACUGCAGACAGUGACAGGGAUAUGGUGAGGCAGGUGGCUUCUGGUUUCCAGCAGACCUCUGUGCAGAAGCUUCCCCUGGACACUCUUCAUCAUAAAGGCAUCAGCAGAGUCCUGCUGCGCUAUAAUCAGGCAUCUGCACAGGACGUCCGGCUGUAUAAUGAAAAUAACAUCAGUGUGACUCUGUAUGCGGUGAAUGAGCCAUGGCUGUAUUCUCUGCUGUGGUGCAGUGGGGUACCGUCUGUCUCCUCUGAUGCUCCGCAGGUGCUCAGGAAGUUGUCCUCUCCACUCUGGCUCAUGAGUCCAGAUGAAUACUGUAUGAUUUGGAUCUCCACUGAUCUCAUCUCUCUUGCUGUAGUACUGGGAAUAUUUAUAUUCCAGAAGUGGAGAAUGAGUGGGAUGCAUAGCUACAAUCCGGAGCAGAUCAUGCUGAGCGCUGCCGUCAGGAGAUCCAGUCGAGAUGUCAACAUCAUGAAGGAGAAGCUCAUCUUCUCUGAGGUGAGCAAUGGAGUCAGCGGUGAUGAACCAUAUAUGGAAAAUGGAUUUAACUACUACACCAAUUAAGGAUUUCUCAUUUAACCCAAGGAGGAAAACACAAAGGCUGACAACCAUUUCCUGAUUUUAUGGAAAAAUUCUAUUGCAUCCGUAACCAGAUGGUGAUAUAUCCUCUUUACUACUGACUUGACUCUUAGUCUACUGUUGAUGGACCCUUGUACAGAAAGUUUUUCUUCUACUUUUAAGUUGCUUGUACAUAAUUGUGUCCACUAAAUAGAAGUGUCCAGUUAUAGAGUAGGAAGUGAAGUGUUUCUGUUGACUAUUACCAUAUCUGUGGCCUCUGCCCCGACUUAACGCUUGAGGAUGCUGGAAUGCCUGUUUCUUGCUUCGUAUUGCAAGCAUGCCUGUAAUAAUAUAGUGGAUUUUAUCUGAUGUUAUUUGGGGAUUUAAUUUUUUCUAAUCCUCCAUAGCCAGCCAAUGUGGAGUAAAACACAGCCAGUUUUAUUCUAUCUAGACCUUGAUUUGGUGUGAUUUUCACAGUCUAAUGAUGCCUUCUGUUCAAACUGUUGUGAAUUUUAAAGAACAAACAGGUGUUUACAGAGUGCCUGCUUUUAUCCUUCCAGUGAUAUUUACUGUAUUUGGUGUACCUACACAUUUUCGCGUAUGGUUCAGUUGCGUGUUGUUUUGGAAGGAAAUUACCAGCCUUAAAGUCUAGGUCAGUAUGUUUGAUGCUGUUUGAGAUAGCAUGGGGGAUUUUGGCACGUUUAUUUUUUUCUCUCUCAGUUUUAAGUUAUGAACAAGUACAUUUACUUAGCCUAAUAUGGGGAUUUAAACCCAAAAUGGAAGAAACCAAAAAAAUUAUCUAAAAAUGUCUGAAAACAUGAAUGAAAUCAUUAGCUUAGAUAAUGUAGUUUAUGUAGUUCACACUGUUUAUAAGGAGGCUGCUUAAGUUUCAAUGCAGUGCAAUAUUACUCAUUUUAAAUAACACUGUCCUAGAGGGAAGUGUUUGAAUAUUGUUCAGUGAUUUAAAAAUAAAUAAAUAUAAAAUGUAUAAAAAUUUUACUGUUACAUUUGUCAUUUUAGUCUCUCCUCUAAACCCUCUUGUUUAUUUAACAGAAUUUCAUAUAAUGAUGCUUUUGUGCAGGGCUUCCCAUUGGGUGAGGUCAUGACCCCUGAAUUUAAUGUAUCAUAAUGUGAGACUUCACAUUGUUUACAGUGGACAGAGGCUGAAUGAUUGUGCUGUUUGAUGUUUUUUUUAUUUUGUAUUGAUGUGUUUCAGAGGUCAGUCUAUAAAAAUAAACCCUGUCGUUUUGACAGUUUGUGUUUUUCUUGUGUAGUAACAAGUAUGGAAAAAGGCACAAAAGAUGUAAAGACACAGAGAUGGUCCUGUGCAUGAUGCAACUUUGACACAACAAAUGAAAUGAUACAGGACUGUAAAAAAUAAAUAUGAUCAUAUAAGCAUACUGUAAUCUUAUAAAAUAGUCCCUCAUGCCAUUACAGGAAAAGUCUGGAUAUGCAUUAUAUUGUGUAGUCAUACUAAUGUAUCUUAAUUGCUCUCCCUUUUGUACUGUACUCC